AUGUCUCUGUCAAUAACUGCAUUGACGGCGCCAAGCGUCAAGCAUAUCCUUUUGGAUUCCCUUGUGGUUAUGAAAAUUGUCAAGCAUGUUGACAGCGAAUUGCAUGCCGGAAUUAGUGAGGUUGCUGGAGAAUCUUGCCAAGGAGUUCUCACGGGACUCGUUUCGAUGGAAGAUUUCCGUCUUGAGAUCACAAAUUGUUUCCCAACAGCUCGUACAGAGCCCGUUUUAGACGAUGAGUCAUCUGUUCAAGCCUCGCAACAAUACGAGGAGCAAAAGCAAGCAGAGAUGCUCGAUAUGCUUCGCAAAUUCCGUACAAUGAAUAUUGAUUACGAAAUUGUUGGAUUUUAUCAAUCUCAUCAGUUUGGAGCAUGCUUCACGCAAGACCUCGUUGAAUCCAUGUUCGAUUACCAGAGCAUGGGACCAGAAAACGUUGUGAUUGUCUAUGAUCCAAUUAAGACGAGACAAGGCCAACUUUCAUUGAGAGCCUACCGCUUGUCGAUUCAAGCGCUCGAACUUUCCGCUAAAAAUGACUGGAGCGUCGAAUCCGUGAAAGCCGCUGGAUUGACCUAUCAAAACAUGUUCGAAGAGCUUCCAAUCGUCAUCAAGUCUUCUUAUCUCAACAAUGUUCUUAUGGCCGAGCUCGCCUUGACGAAAGGAGCUGUCUCUGACAAAUAUUCGGCCCGUCAUUUGGAUUUGGGAACAAAAAGAUCUUUGGAGAAAUCUGUGCGCGCGAUGAUGACCAACGUUGAUGAGCUCAACAAGUCGAUUCAAUCAUUGACCAAAUACACGAUGGAUAAGCAAAGACAUGAGAAUAUUGUGUUCAGUAUGACGCAGAAGAGGCAAGCUGAGAAUGAGUCGAGAAUUGCUCGCGGUGAACAACCGAUUGGUAUGGAGGAUAUCAAGAGAAUCAAGCCGCCAACCCUUCAAACUCGAAAUGGGCUGCUCGAUGAGCUCAUGGCUAGCUGUGAUACCAACGCACUUGCCGAUUUCUGCACAACGGUAACUGGAGAAAAUAUCGCGAAAUUGUUUAUGGCCGAGGCGGUCGCUGAAGACAAGGUCCCAGGAAGUAAAGAUCGCUCAUCAAGCUCGAUCCCAACGAUGAUUUUGGAAAUUCCUAUAUUAAAGGAUUUCCUUUCGAAAUCAACUCACGUCUAUCGAAAUCACCUCUACGAUUCAAUUGAUCGCUUACAUUUUUAUAUAACCGUUAUUAUUCUCACCGUGUUCACCUUGCUGACAGGAGCCAAACAGCAUUUCGGGAAUCCCAUCGAUUGUAUGCUGACAAAGGAAGUUGAUGAUAUCAAAUCUUGGAAUGACUACAUCCACAGCUAUUGCCUUAUGCAUGGAACGUAUCGCUAUAACUACAGCAAUAUUGGAUACAAUUUUCCCGGAUACACGGAGACAACAACUGUACCAUAUUACCAAUGGGUUCCAUUCUUUUUCGCCGUCCAAGUGUUCUGCUUCGUUCUUCCACAUUGGAUUUGGACUUGGAUGCAGAAGCUUCUUUAUCUUGACAUGGCUAUGAUUGUUGGCUAUACUCACGAUCUCCUCUCUGAGAAAGAUAUGGGCGCGUAUAAAAAUAAGGUGACGAGCCUUAUAAGCUACACCUACGAUCACUUCAAAUAUCGUCGUUUGCACAAAGUCGGAUACUUCGCCUUCAUUUUCAUGCAUCCCGCGUUCGCCUGCUAUCUCUACAUCAUCACAAAAAUGUUGUUCCUGUUCAACGCGCUUCUUCAACUCAAAAUCGUCAGCUCGUUUUUGGGCUUCAAAAAUUGGACAUGGGGAUUUGAUAUUAUUUACCAAUUUUCAAUGGAUCGCAUUUACGGCGAGGGACCACUUCAAAUGGCGGCCAGCGAGAACAAAUACCAAUAUGGCGCGUUCAAUCAAUUCAAACAUUUCCCGAUUCUCGUCGCGUGCGAUUUUCGCACAUAUCCCUCAUUGGCUCGCAUUUUCGCCAACAACACCGCCCAAUGCAUUAUCCCAAUGAAUAUUGUCAAUGAGAAAUUGUUCGUCUUCAUUUGGAUCUGGUUUAUUUUGCUCAUCGGCGUCACGUUCAUCGGAACGCUCGGCUGGAUUUUCAAGUUGCUCGACAAAAGAACCAGCGAAUCGAUGAUUUUCCAGCUUCUCAAGGAUCACGGUGGAAGCGAUAGUGAGGACGGCAAACCCGGAUUCCGAUAUGUCGGAAAACGCAACGGAAGCGACUAUCGAUACGAUUUUGUUCAUAAGUUCCUCGGCGCCGACGGCAUCCUUCUGAUUCACUUCAUGCGCGGCAAAUGCGGCACCCUUCAAACGCAGAUCGUCAUCGACGGAUUGUACUCGAGAUUCAUUGGCGAUUUCGAAAAACCGACGAAGCCCGUUUUCACCAAAAAAGGUGAACGCGGCGACUAUUCUGAAGUCAAUUUCGGCGUUGACGAGUCGCAAAAUUAUCCGAUUCGCAAAAUCUGA